GGAGGAGGCGGCAGCUGCAGCUGGGGCCCCCAGGAUGUUUGACAGCUCGCAGUAUCCCUACAACUGCUUCAAUGACGACGCCGACGACUACCCCGCCGGCAGCUCAGACGAGGACAAGCGGCUUACGCGGCCCGCGUACAGCUACAUCGCCUUGAUCGCCAUGGCCAUUCAGCAGAGCCCCGCGGGCAAGGUGACCCUGUCCGGUAUCUACGACUUCAUCAUGCGCAAGUUCCCCUAUUACCGCGCCAACCAGCGCGCCUGGCAGAACUCCAUCCGUCACAACCUGUCCCUCAACAGCUGCUUCGUCAAGGGCACCCCGGGGGUGACGCGGCGGGCGGGAGCACAGCACAGCGGAGCCGCUCCCAGCCCCUCCCUCCGCGCGCGCAGGUGCCGCGGACCGAGGGCCACGAGAAGGGCAAAGGCAAUUACUGGACCUUCGCGGGUGGCUGCGAGUCGCUGCUGGACCUCUUCGAGAACGGCAACUACCGGCGGCGGCGGCGGCGGCGCGGCCCCAAGCGCGAGGGAACUAGGGUUCCGCGCUCCGGGGCAGCCCAGGGGACCCCGGGUCCGACCGAGCCGCCAGCCGCGCAGGGGCCCCUGGCUGCGGACAGCGCUGGUGAGGGCGCCCCGGGCCGCAAGCCCCCCGCCAGCCUCACCAUCCCGGGGAAGGAGCAGCCCCGGGACCUCAAGUUCAGCAUAGACUACAUCCUCUCCUCCCCAGACCCCUUUCCGGGGUUCAAGCGGCCCGGUUUUGCACAGGAGGGCAGAUACCCGCGGCUGGAGAACGUGGGCCUCCACUUUUGGACAAUGUGAUGUGGGGCCACUCUGGAGGCCCCUACAGGCUCAGUCAGGGUUCUUCCCCAGACCCUCCCUGGAAAGAUGAUUCCAGCCCCACCUUAAGCCAAGAAACCAGAGUUGGGCAAAUCCUGCAAUUCCUCCCGCACACUGAAGGUCAGGUGCCACACUAGUCCUGGAUUGGGGAGCUCGUUAAAGGUAUAGACUUUGGGGUUGUGACUUUACCCAUUCAGAAAACAGUUCUCUUGCAGGGAAAACCCAACUGGGUUCCAGUUUUACUUAAGGCUUUGCUCCAGACUGACCUCCUGCUCUUGCUCUGAGGAAUAAAGGCACAGGGUCAUGUUCCCAGAGUCGGGUAACAUUUCAUUCCUGGGUCACUUGAGAGUGAGCUCUCUACACAGCCCAAAAGCCACAAGUGCCCAGUGUGUGGUUAGGGGGCUGACUCACAUCGUCCCCAUGGUUAAAAUAAUAGUGAUAAGGCACAAACCAUGAAGAUAGACCUCAACUGACCCCAUGAGUUAGUCACCCCAAGGCUUGUGAUGCUGUCUGUGUUAGGGAUGUAGUGAUUGGACGUGAUAAAUGUAUCUUAUUUCAUCAGCUGAGUAUUUUGGUGACAGUUUAAGAAAUCCAUUAUGCUUUUUAUACGAGAGGGGAGAAAGAAAAUGUGGGAAGAAGGGGCCCAAAUUUGGGAUGAUGCUGGAGCAAAGUCCAAAUUUCUUGAUUCUGCUGAGCAGGGAGUAAACCCUGAUUCAGAGAACUUCCAUCGGUUGUUUCCCAGAAUACAGGCUCCCAAGAGAGCAGACUGCUGAUAAAAUUCCUGCCACACCUCUCAGUACACAAUUACAAGCAUCCAAGGUGGGUGCACUUCACUUAAAAUGUAAAUGAUGUAAUUACUGUGUAGAGACGGGCAUUCUAAAAAACAACAGUUAUGCACAGUGAAACUAUUUGACCAGCCUUAUCAUUUUUCACCAGCCCAUUUUUGCAGAGUUAAUUGCUUUCAGUGACUUAAUUUGAACAUUAGUAUGGAUUACACCUAAUCUGAUUCACUCGGUGACAAUGAUUGGCUAAUUUUGAGAACAGCAAAAAACGCACCCAACAAGGCUGUCUGUCUCAUUUGGGAAUUACAUAGUCUUGCUUUAUCAGACCCUUAAAAACAGGGGCUGGGAGGCAGUGAAGGCAGGCAGGCUGCAGAGACAGACCAAAACAUGCAAAAGACGCUUGGCCCUGGCUUCAUCUCUAUUCAGAAAAAUCCCAGUAUUCCCCCACUCACUUACCCUGUAAAUAGACUCGAUGUAUUCUGUUAGUUGUUUUGAAAAGAGGGAAGAAAGCCACUGCUGAUGGCAUAUUUUUAAAAGCAAUGGGGCAUUUUCAAUUUGCCAGUGUGUGAUAUCCUGCAGCUUCAGAAAGGUGAGCACCUGGCCCCGUGGAGAUGCACCCACUCCCCAGCCUCUGGGCCCUGACAACCGCAGCCUCUGCCUACCAGGGCACCCUUCACCCAGGGAGAAGGAGCCAGAGCCCUCAAAUGCCUGUUCCUGGAAGUGGAAAUGAGGCUUGCAAUGUGGACACCUCUCCUUUGCAAAUGUCAGCUUCCAGCUUCCAGAGCUCUCUUCUGGGAGAGCAGCCAGCGCUCCUGAUGCUCCCACCGCCCACCAGGUGUAGGAUCCUAGGAGAUGGGGGCUGUGGCUCUCAUUCAUGCCCGUUCAUGGAUGGGAACCUGUAUGGCAGGCAUGCGGCCCCAGGGGGGAGGGGCUCCUCAACCCCUCCAUGCUGCCUUGUACAUGCUACCGGCAUGGCGUGUACACGUGUGUGUGUAGUGUUAUUGUGAUGUGUGCUGUGUGUCUGUCUGCAUGCCUGUUAUUUUUAUCCCUCUGCCGGUUCUGCUAAAAGCAUAGAUUUAAAUCCUAUGAGGUGUAAUUUAGAUGGUCAUAAGAGGCAGAUGCUCCCAUACAUAAGUAUAUGUCAAAGAAAGUAUCUGAAGAUAUAUUUUUCUGUUAC